AAAGGGGGCUCCGUCCCAGGGUUGGAUCUUCCCCCUUCCUCGCCCAGCCAAGGCUCCCCGGGUGGAUUCAGGAAGAAACUUUUUGAUGGAAGAUUGUGACCAAAGAUUUCCCUGGAAGACAACUAUUAACAGAUAAUAGAAAAUUAACACACGGCAGCAGCCGCCAUAAAGCAUGGAGCAUGGGAAAUUUUUGGAUCCCCCAUCAGAUAAAAGCAGCACUCCAAAAAAUCACCAAAAAUCCCAUGAAUGCACAGAAUGUGGGAAAUCCUUUGCUCACAGGUCCCUCCUUUUGACCCAUAGGAAAGUCCAUGUGGGAAGUGGACUCAGUGAAGGUUUGGAGGGUGAGAAAUCCAACUCUGGAAAUGAAGCAAAAGGUCUCAGAAGCUCCACCAGACUAAAACCCCAUAAAUGUGAGGAAUGUGACUUACGCUUUGAUCAAAAGUCAGACCUUCGUACACAUCAGAAGAUCCACACUGGAGAGAAACGACAUCAAUGUCUGGAAUGCGGGAAAUUUUUCCGUAGAAAAGGCACUCUAAGAAUCCAUGAGAGAAUUCAUACUGGGGAGAAACCUUACAAGUGUUGGGAAUGUGGGAAGAGGUUUCCUCAGAAUGCACAGCUUUGGUCCCAUGGGAAGACGCAUGCAGGAAUCAAAUCUUACAAAUGCUUUGACUGUGGAAAAUGUUUCACCCAGAGUUCAGGUCUUCGUAAUCAUAAUAAAACACACACAGGGGAAAAAAAUGAAAAGUGCCUCGAAUGUGGGAAAUGUUUUUCCAAAAAAUCAAUGCUGCUGCGACAUCAGAAACGCCACACUGGAGAGAGACCCUAUGAAUGUCCAGAAUGUGAGAAACGAUUUGUGGAUUCUUCUGAACUUCGGAGACACCAGAAAUGGCACAAAGGGGAGCUGCCCCAUAGAUGCGGGGAGUGUGGGAAAUGUUUUCUUACGCCAGCCCAUGUUCAGAUUCAUCAGAGAAUCCACACAGGAGAGAAACCCUACAAAUGUGAGGAGUGUGGGAAAUGCUUUUCCCAAAAACAACACCUUGGAAGCCAUCAAAGGCUCCACACAGGAGAGAAGCCAUACAAAUGCGAGGAAUGUGGAAAAUGCUUUGGAUGCAAGGGAGGCCUUUCCAAUCAUCAUAAAACCCACACAGGGGAGAAACCCCAUCAAUGCAACUACUGUGGAAGAUUUUAUACCACCUCAUCGGCCCUUAAAUCUCAUGUGAAAAUUCACACAGGGGAAAAAGAUUAUAAAUGUUUGGACUGUGGGAGAGCAUUUGCUCAUUCUUCUUCCCUUCUAAGUCACAGCCGAAUCCAUACAGGAGAGAAACCUCACAAAUGCUCAGAGUGCGAUCAUUGUUUUGCUCGGAGAGAUUCUCUUGUGAUGCAUCAGCGAAUCCACACUGGAGAGAAACCAUAUAAAUGCCAGGAGUGUGGGAAAUGUUUUGCCCAUAAUUCAUCACUUCACUGGCAUGCGCGAAAUCACGCAGGAGAGUAGCCUUACAGAGUGUGAGAAACCUUUUCAUAGUAAAUGAAAGCUAGAAAAGCACCAGAAAGUCCAUAGCAGAGAUAAAUCUCUUCACUUGUGAACAGUGUUGGGAAACUUUUUUUUCAACAUUCACAUCUUCACAUUUAACAGGAACUUCGCACAGUGAUAGAAGGGAAAUCGUACAAUUGUUUGGUUUGGGGAAAAUGUUUUUCCUACUGAAGGAACCUCAAAUAACAUCAGAAGUACACAAUGAGGCAAAAGGAUGUAAAUGUUGGAAUUGUGAGAAUAUCUUACUUGCAUAGUCGCAUUAGUAACUUAUCAGAGUGGUUACACCAGAGAGUUAUAAGUAUGUGGGGAGUAGAUAUAAUGUUUUGCAGAGCACAGGAAGUCCUGGACUUGGGACCCCAACUUGGAAUGGAUUUCUGGUCAUAGGUUCCUUCAGUCGUAAGUCAAGGAAUCAGGUAUUUCUCUUAACCUUUACUAGAUGAUAUUGAUCCAUGAGGAGAACUGAAAAGUUAGAGAGAGAAAAUGGGGUGAAGGAUGAAUGUGGUAAAGUUUUGAUGUUGAAUCUACUGACUGAGGAUGAGAAGGAAAAGUGUCUUUUUCCUAUUACCUUUUUUGGAGGGAUUUUUUUUCCUUUUUUUUUUUUCCAUAUAUUCACAUUAUUUGUACUAAUUUUCUUUCUGUGCAUAUAAUCCUUAAUAAAAGCAUUGUUCAAAAUAACCAAGGGGGCCUUUUUUAGGAGAUGGGCUGGGCGGGUCAA